AACAGAAAUUUACCAAAUUGAUUCUCAAUUAAUAAACAAGAUUUUCGUCCCAAAAAUUGAAGAAGGAUUAAAAGAACAAAAAUGGCAAUAGCAACAGUGACUACAUUGGCAAUAAAGAGCGCCACUAUUCUGCUCGGUAAAUUAGCGAUUAUUCCAGUUCUGAUAGCAGCACUUGCCUACUUCAAUUACGACCUGAUGGAUCCUGAGAAUCAACCGAAGGUGACGAAGCAAUUAAGGAAAGAGUAUGAUUUCGUGGUUGUGGGUGGAGGAUCGGCUGGGAGUGUGGUGGUAAAUAGACUGACAGAAAAUCCAGACUGGAGCGUGUUGUUGUUGGAAGCUGGAGGACACGAGACAGAAAUAACCGAUGUUCCGAUUUUAUCGAUCUAUUUGCAUAAGAGCAAAUUAGAUUGGAAAUACAGAACGCAGCCUCAGGAUUCGGCUUGUCAGGCUAUGACGGAUCGAAGAUGUUGCUGGACUAGGGGAAAGGUUCUUGGAGGAUCCAGCGUCCUGAAUACAAUGCUAUACAUCCGUGGAAAUCGUCGAGAUUUUGACCAAUGGGAGAGUUUUGGAAACCCAGGUUGGGGUUAUAAGGAUGUCCUUCCUUAUUUCAUUAAGUCUGAGGACCAAAGAAACCCGUAUCUUGCUCACAACAAAUAUCAUGGCGUCGGUGGCUACCUAACGGUCCAGGACUCCCCAUACAACACUCCCCUGGGCGUAGCCUUCCUGCAAGCCGGCGAAGAAAUGGGAUACGACAUUCUCGACGUGAACGGCGAGCAGCAAACAGGUUUCGGUUUCUUCCAGUACACCAUGCGAAGAGGAACCCGAUGCAGCGCAGCGAAAGCGUUCAUCAGACCCAUCCAGUUGCGACCAAACUUUCAUUUGUCCCUCUGGAGCCACGUCACCAGAGUCCUGAUAGACCCCCGAACCCGCAGAGCGUACGGUGUUGAAUUCAUCAGAGAGGGUCGCAAGGAAGUGGUCUACGCCCGCAAAGAGGUGAUCCUCUCCGCAGGUGCCAUAAAUUCUCCUCAGCUCCUGAUGCUCUCAGGUAUCGGACCCAGGGAGCACCUGCAAGAAGUAGGCAUCCCUGUGAUCCAGGACCUGCCGGGUGUCGGGCAGAACCUACAAGACCACAUAGCGGUUGGAGGUCUGGUUUUCUUGAUAGACUACGAGGUCAGCACGGUGAUGCACCGUCUGGUGAACCUAAACUCCGCCUUGCGUUACGCCAUCACUGAAGACGGUCCCUUAACGUCGAACAUCGGUCUGGAGGCUGUUGGGUUCAUCUCCACGAAGUACGCGAACCAGUCCGACGACUGGCCGGACAUAGAGUUCAUGUUGACUUCAUCUUCCACCAGCUCCGACGGAGGCACCCAGGUGAAGAGCGCGCAUGGACUGGCUGACGAUUUUUACAACAACGUGUUCGGUAAAAUAGGCAGUCGUGAUCUGUUCGGAGUGUUCCCCAUGAUGCUCAGACCCAAGUCCCGCGGCUUCAUCAAACUGAAGUCCAAGAAUCCUCUGGACUACCCGCUGAUGUUCCACAACUAUCUGACCCAUCCCGACGAUGUGAACGUGCUGAGGGAGGGGGUCAAGGCGGCCAUCGCUUUUGGCGAAACCAGCAGCAUGAAGCGGUUCGGUGCCAGGUUCCACAGCAAGCCUCUCCCCAACUGCAAGCACUUGCCCAUGUUCACCGACGAGUACUGGAACUGCGCCAUCAGGCAGUACACCAUGACGAUUUAUCACAUGAGCUGCACGGCGAAGAUGGGGCCUCCGAGCGACCCCAUGGCUGUGGUGGACCCCGAGCUCAGGGUGUACGGGGUUGCGGGGUUGAGGGUCAUCGAUGCGUCGAUCAUGCCGACGAUCACUAAUGGUAAUAUUAACGCGCCGGUGAUUAUGAUCGGGGAGAAGGCCUCGGAUCUGAUCAAGAAGCAGUGGCUGUCCAGACGGAAGAGGGACAAUGUGACCACAUCUUGAUGUAGAAUUCUGGGAUGAUGUAUACGCUUGUAUCGUAAGCUGAAUGUUACGGGUUAUAAAGGAACGUUAUAUAAUCAGAUAUGUGGCAAUCGAUGAACAUUCCGGGACAUUGAACUCGGUGAAAAUGGGAUAUGAAAGUUCUGCCGAAAGCUUGUGUUACAUUUAGGUCGAUACUUUAAGGUACUUUCAAAUGAUGAGGAAAAGAGAAAAUUAAGAGUGCAAACCCGUUUCUCUUAAAAUCCGGUGGUUACUGCACAAUCGGUACGCACGAUUGCAACACACUUGAUCGUCCACUUUGAUUGUGACCUAUAUUCCGCUCACCGAGAAAAUUUCAAGAAAAUUAGCUCAACGUUCUGAUCCUCUAAACACGAUUUGCCGGUUUCUGAUAACCGGAAAGAUAUGCAACUUUACUGACCACAGAUCGUUGAAUGUGACGAAAUAAUUUAUUUGUGCAAUUCUGUGAGAUUUGUUGAUUUUUAGUCUUAGGAAGAUUGUAAAGCAACAAUCAUGACAAAUAUGAAUUUAAGGAGCUAGUGAGGAUGUUAUAUAAUAUUUAUUGAAAUGGAAAUUUUUAUUUUUGAUAAAUGUUUUGAGAUUGUGUAAAUUUGUAUGACUUAGGGAAAAUAUUUCUCUCAUAGAUAGAAAGUUCUGUUUUUAAAUAGACAUUAGUUGCAACAUAUUAACACCUCGGUGCCAUGUUAAGUAGAUAUACAAAUAGAAAAUGUAAGAAUUCAUUAGGUGUUGUAAUGAAACACAUUUUUUAUUACCAUCGCAGUUUGGCAAAGAUUGAGAUUAUAAGAAGAGAUAAGUAUUUUAAAAAUAAUAUAACGAAUUUGGAUUUUAGUGAGACAUUAAACGUGUUAAUAUUAAAAAA